GUUGGUUCUCACAAGGUGCGUUUUGCACGAGGCACUGAAGCCUCGGCGCCUGCAUUUGACAAGCACAUGCGCCAAAUGAAGCGCAACUACGGCCAGUUUGCAAUAGUGAAUUUGUUGGGCUCCUCCAUGUUGGGCAGCAAGCAAGGAGAAGCCACUCUGUCGGAGAUGUUCAAGAGCCACCACCGAUCUAGUGGACACCACAAGGAGGCGCCACAUUUGUUGUUUGACUACCACGCCGAGUGUCGGAGCGGGAAUCUCAAAAACUUGUCCAAGUUGAAGGAACGAUUGGCCAAGUGCUUGGCGUUGUAUUCGUUUUUUUACGCGAAAGACGGGAGGAUUUUGCUGGAGCAGAAGGGCGUUGUGAGGACGAACUGUUUGGACUGUUUGGAUAGGACCAAUUGCGUGCAGACCUUUUUGGCCAUGGAGACGUUGCCCGGGCUGCUGCAGUGCUUGGGACUCGGGGAAAAGCCGCAAAUUGCGUCGAGAUUUCAAGAAGUGUUUGGGCAGAUGUGGGUCACGAUGGGGAACGAGAUUAGCCGGAUUUAUGCCGGAACCGGGGCCAUUCAGGGCGGAAACAUGCUCGUUGAUGGGGCGAGAUCAGCCGCAAGAACUAUUCAAAAUAACCUCUUGGAUUUUAGCAAGCAAGAAGCGAUUGAGAUUCUCAUAGUCGGCAGUCAUUUGGAUCCUGAUUUGAGAGAAAGGGCUCGUCUUCUGCUGCCAAAACCAGUUCUAUAUGGUCAAACGGAAUUGAUUCAAGCCAUGGUACGCCGGCAGUACGAGUGCAGCCGCCACGUGGACCUCCGCCUCGCCGUCGGCACAUACAACGUGAACGGCGGCAAACACUUUCGCAGUAUCGUCUACAAAGACCGCUCCCUGUCCGACUGGGUCGUGGACGCCCCGAAAAACGACCCUCGCUGCGGCGUCGACCUGUGUUCCGAAUCCCCGCCCGACAUCUACGUUCUCGGCUUUGAAGAAAUCGUGGAUCUGAACGCCUCCAACAUCGUGGGGGCGAGUACUGAGAAUGCCAAGGCCUGGGAGAAGGAGUUGUGCAAGACGAUCGGACGAGAUGAGGCGUACAUUUUGCUCACGUCUGUUCAGUUGGUUGGCGUGUGUUUGUUUGUGUUUAUUCGACCGCACUUGGCCGAGGUUGUGAAGGACGUUGCGACGGAUUUGGUGAAGACGGGGUUGCGGGGGGCGACGGGGAACAAAGGCGGGGUCGCAGUCAGGCUGAGUGUGUACAACACGUCGUUCGCGUUCAUUUGCGCGCAUUUUGCUGCCGGCCAAUCUCAGGUUGGGGACAGAAACGCAGAUUAUCAAGAAAUCUCGCGGAAAAUCCUGUUCCCCGGCGGAAGAACGCUCAUGUCGCACGACUACGUUGUUUGGUGCGGGGAUUUCAACUACCGCAUCGAUCUGCCCAGAGAUCAGGUCAAAGACCUGGCCAAGAAACGAGACUAUGCAGCCCUGGUCGAGGCGGACCAGUUGCGGAACCAAAAGGCCGAGGGCCACAUAUUCAACAAGUUUAGCGAAGGAGACAUCGAUUUUGCUCCGACUUACAAGUAUGACCUGUUUUCGGAUGACUACGAUACUAGCGACAAGGCGAGAAUCCCGGCAUACACUGACCGCGUUUUGUGGAGACGGAGGCAAAUGACUGAAGGGUGCCCCAACAAUCGGGUGACCAAACCACAGUUUGGUGGGCUGGGGAUUGGCAAGGCCAAGAACUGCCCUGGCUGGCAGUUGGACCAACCGGCGUUUGAUGACCAGCGGGUGCGCAACUGUGAAUUGAUUGACUGGCAGCUGACCGGACACAAAUUUAUUCAUACCCAAGGCUUUAGUAAUCCAACUUGCUUGUGA